AUGGCGACGACCAACUCAGAUCGCCCACGGACACGGGCGAAGAGAGCCUGCAUGGCUUGCAAUGCGCGCCGGGUUCGCUGCAAUGUGGUUGAAAUGCAUCCAUGUCAAAAUUGUGUGUCGUGGAAUCUCUCAUGUGAACUAGGAGUGUCAAGACGGGGAAAAUAUCCCCGACGGAAGAAGAAAGAGUCUUUAGACAGUGAAGUCUCAGCUUCAACGGUUCCAAGCAAUAUACAAGAUAAUGCCUUAUCUUAUAUACCCCAUGCCUCCACCUGCCCCACUCCGGCAGGCAAUCAAAUGCAUGAAACCGUGUUUCUCGGCGAGUCAAGUCCGCUCACCUGCGUUGUGGAUGAGAAUCGGCGAUCGCCGGAUAAAGGCUACACGUAUAACAACCAAAAAGGCCGUCUACACUAUGCAGUCCCCGAAAGCCGGGGUACAAGUGAGCUGAGCGAUGAUCAGCGUCGAAAGAUUCUUCAAGAUCGUUUGAUUCGUGAAAGCGCAUUGGUGUUUCCCUCACCUAUUAUCUGUGAUACCCUGCUCCAGGCCUAUUUCCAAUGGUUUCAUCCUUGUUUUCUCAUCUUGGACCGGGUAAAAGUACAGACCGAGUAUCAAAAACAUACCAUUUCACCAUUACUACUCCAAGCAAUGCUCUUCAUUGGAGUAAGCCUAUGCUCUGAUACAGCUUUCCAAGUCACCGGAUAUACCAACCGGUACCAAGCUAAAGGACUAUUCUACCAACGCGCAAAGGAAAUCUAUGAUGUGGGAUGGGAGACCAACAUGAUCACCAAGCUUCAAUCCUUAUUCUUACUGAGUUUCUGGCGUGGAGAACCAAGUGAAGAGCGAGAUGUUCGAUUCUGGCUAGGGGCAGCCAUCAGUAUCGCCCAGAAAAAAGGGAUCCAUGUGAUGUCUAAACUUUCUUUCCUAGGCGUUCGUGAUCAGAGAUUAUGGAAGCGCAUCUGGUGGGCUCUAUAUGUUCGAGAUCAGCAGACAUCCGCUGCGUUAGGAUUACCAUCUCGCAUCCGUGACGAAGAUUGCGAAGUAGCUGAGCUUGAAAGAUCCGACUUUGAAGACCACGACGAUGAACCUGCUUCUGAGAUUUUCCGAAAACCACCGGCUGUUCAUGUAUCCUAUGUGAUUGGAAUGGCUCAACUUGCGAGUCAAUAUUCACCACGACGGGCCAAAUUAGACAAUGCAUCGCGCCCGAUAAUCCACGAGCGCCUUUCAGAUUGGGAAUCCAAGCUGCCAACCGAGAUGCAAUUCGGAGUUUCCACCGAACGGGAGGUAAUAUUCCUCGUUGGUAUGCUACAUAUGACUUACAAUAAUCUCUACGUCCUUCUCUACCGUCCUAUCUUUUUACAGCCGCCAAGUGAGUCCACAAGCGCGGAGGGAACUAUGGCCUUGGAAGCAGCGACGAAAAGCACGCGUAUUCUCGAGGAUAUGCUCUCAGAGAAUCUUGUCCAGCAUGGAUCAGUCCAUCUCAUUACGCACACCUUCUCCGCAUUGUGUAUUCACACCAUUCAUUUCGGCCGAGUCGCCGGUACCGCUCGCAAACUCGCUGAACACCGAGCCAAGCUCUGUCUUCUUGGGCUAAAGGAAUUGCAAAAGUCAUGGGAUCUGGAGAAUUGGGUGCUGGAUCUGUUUUUUCGGUGCUUGGAUGAUCGAACGGCGCGAGAUCUUCGCUUAGCGGACACUGGAAUUUCACCUUCCACAUUUUCAACCCACUUUACAAGGGGAUCACUAGCUUCUGGAUUUGUCGCCGAGAAUUCUGAGGAUGCCGCCAAGCCCUCAGUUGCACAAGGAAAGGAUCCGUUACCUUUAAGCCCACAGCCGGCUACCAUAGCUCCAGACGACACGUUGAUCAAUAUGGACUGGUAUGAAUUGCUCAAUGUGGAAGGUGAUGAUUUCACAGGCCUCGCGGGCUCGUUGACGAAUCCCGAGUAUCUCAACCCGCAGAACCUAGAAUUUUUGUACCGGUUUCUAUAA